UUGUCGUUGGUGGACGGCGGGAUAUUCAAACCAAGGAAAGUAAACAGAAGUGUGGGCGCACCUCGAAGAUUUACGGUUUCUUUUAUUUUGAAGAGGUUUAUGUUGUUUGACAUGCGAGCCGUAAAUUGUAAUCGAAAGUAUAUCUGACGGUUUAUUUCAUUUUGUUAAGCGUGUUUGUACAAUUUUUGUUCGUUAUCAAGUAGGGGAGCAAUGGAAGGUGAUGUGGGAGUACAGACUCGUACUGGCUAUGAACGGUUGACUGCAGAGGAGAUGGAUGAACAAAGAGCACAAAGCAUUGCCUAUCAGUACCUCUGUCGUUUAGAAGAAGCCAAAAGGUGGAUGGAAGCAUGUUUAAAUGAAGAACUUCCAGCCCCAACAGAGCUAGAGGAAGGUCUUAGGAAUGGAGUUUUACUGGCAAAACUGGGGAAUUACUUUGCUCCAAAUGUUGUUCCAGUCAAGAAAAUCUAUGACUAUGAGCAAGCACGCUUUAAGGUAUCUGGUCUACAUUUUCGGCAUACUGAUAACAUUAACUACUGGCGCAAGGCAAUGGUUGAGAUUGGAUUACCUAUGAUAUUUUAUCCAGAAACAACAGAUGUAUAUGAUAAGAAAAACAUGCCUCGAGUCAUCUACUGUAUUCAUGCUCUCAGCUUGUAUCUAUUUAGGUUGGGUUUGGCCCCACAGAUUCAUGACCUUUGUGGCAAAGUGAAGUUUACAGAGGAAGAAAUAAAUAACAUGAAGAGAGAACUUGACAAAUAUGGGAUUCAGAUGCCAGCUUUUAGUAAAAUUGGAGGAAUCCUUGCCAAUGAACUUUCUGUUGAUGAAGCAGCAAUGCAUGCAGCUGUGAUUGCUAUCAAUAAGGCUGUAGAAAAAGGGUCUGCAGAAGAGACAGGAAUUGCACUACGCAACCCUAGUGCCAUGCUCCUGAAUCUUGAUGACUGCUUGGUAACUGUUUAUCUGGAGGUUCUCCAACAAGCCAGAGCUGAAAAGGCUGUCAGUGCAAGGAACAGGAUUAACAUACAAUUUUGUGAAGAAAAAGAUAUUUAUGAGGAAUAUUUAACUCAGGUGGAAAUCCAGGGAAACAUAAACAAAAUAAAUGUUCAUGCUGCUUUGGAAAUGGUGGAUGAAUCUUUGGAGAGGAGAGAUCCACUGGUUUUGUAUUCUGCGCUUGAAAGCUCUAGUCUGUGCCUCCGAAGCCUUCUCAGGGAGAAUGCAGACUGGUACCUAGAGCAACUAUCCUUGGACCGGCAGCAAAAGGCACUAGAUUUGGGUUGUGCUGAUGUGUUAGACAAAGAAGAGCUGCAACAAGGUGUCUUCAUGGCCAAUCAGAAUGCAGUACGGACUCUAAAGACUGAAAGGGCAGUAUUUCAUAUAAAUGCAGCAAUUAAGAAAGGAAUUGCCAAGGAAACUCUGAAGGAAUUGAUGAAUGCUAAUGCAGAACUUCCCGAUGUGUAUCAUUGUGCUAGUGAACUUUAUCAACAGGAGCUUGCUAUUUUACAGGCACAGAAAAUACAGGGAGCACUGCUACACGAAGAGCUUUUCGUUGCUGUUGAAAUGUUAUCUGCCGUGGCCUUGAUCAACAAAGCUUUAGAAGCAGGAGAUGCUAAUGAAUUCUGGAAAGCUUUGAUUAGUCCUUCAGCAGGUCUUGCAGAUAUUGAUGAAGAAAUGGCACAACGAUACUAUGAAGAACUGCGCACAUUAAAAGAAAAUGCUGUUAAAGCAAAAGCUGGAAUGCUUACCUGGAAUGACCUUCAGUCUGGAUUAAACGAUGUCAAUUCAUUAGUGCAGCAUGAACAUGACCGUGUUGUCUCAAUUGAAUUGAUCAACCAGGCACUUCAACUCGGCAAUCCACAAGACACCUUGGCUGCUCUUUUGCUGCCAUCUGUCGGACUGAGUGACAUAUUAGAAGCCAAUGGGAGGCGCUACUAUGAUGUACUAUUACGUGCCAAACAAAAAAAAGCAAAGGAUUCCAAUGACCCAGCAGCAGAACUCUGGCUUGAUGAGAUACAACAAGGAGUAUGGAAAGCAAAUCAGGAGAGCAAGAAUACCUUAAAAUUGUCAUUGGGUCUUGCGGCUUUAAAUCAGGCAGUGAAAGAAGGCAGACCUUUACAGACCCUGAAAGUGCUCAGUCUCCCAGAGCUGGGGUUAUGCAGUGUUGUUCCUCAGUGUGCUGCUGCUUACCAGAGAGAACUGUAUACCCUUAAAAUGGCAAAAAUGUGUGAAGGAGAAAAUCAUAGUCCUUGGGUCAGACAAAAGGUGAGGUGUGGAGGCUGUUAUUAUUUUCACUUGCAAAGGCUUGAGGGUACUUGGGACCGACCUGAGGACUUUGCUGAAAACAAAACACAUUUGGAUCGGGAUGAAGUCCAGUAUAUUAUUACACAAGUUACUGCAUCAUAUGAUAAAGAAUGUCUGUGGAAGGCCAGUAUCCCUUUUAUCGUGAGAUUACAGGCUCGAGCAAGAGGUUAUCUUCUGCGUAGGCAACUUCAAUCGCGAAAAUGCUUUCUUCAAAGACAUGUUCCUGCCAUCAUAACAAUUCAGUCUCACUGGAGGAGGUUUCUCCAGCAGAGAGCUUAUCAAGAAAGGCUUUGUUUCCUACAAGCAAAUUCUGUAUCAGCUGUCAAGAUUCAAGCAUGGGUACGGAUGUGGCUGGCCCAAUCAAAAUAUCGGGCAAGACUGCGCCAUUUCAAGAAUAAUGUUGAUUCGAUAAUUAAGAUCCAAGCCUUUUUUCGAGCAAACAAAGCACGUGAAGACUACAGAAUGUUGGUUUGCUCCCAAAAUCCACCACUCUCUGUUGUGCGUAAAUUUACUCAUUUACUGGAGCAGAACAAUGUGGAUAUUAUUCAGGAGAAAGAACUGUUGCGACUCCGUGAGGAGGUCGUUAGGACCAUACGUUCCAACCAACAGUUGGAGAAUGAUCUUAAUCUCAUGGAUCUAAAAAUUGGACUUCUUGUAAGAAACCGCAUUACUCUGCAGGAGGUGGUUUUACAUAGCAAGAAACUGACCAGGAAAAACAAGGAGCAACUAUCAGAUAUGAUGGCACUGGAUAAACAAAAAGGAUUAAAAUCAUUGAACAAAGAGAAACGUGAGAAAUUGGAGGCCUAUCAGCAUCUGUUUUAUCUGCUGCAGACACAACCGAUUUAUCUUGCAAAGCUGAUCUUCCAAAUGCCUCAUAACAGGACUACAAAGUUCAUGGAAUCUGUGAUCUUCAUGUUGUACAACUAUGCUUCAGAUUGUCGAGAAGCAUACUUGUUAUUGCAGCUUUUCACUACAGCCCUACGGGAAGAGAUAAAAUCAAGAGUGGAUCAGGUCCAUGAAAUUGUCAAGGGAAAUCCUACUGUAAUUCGUCUGUUAGUCAGUUUUUAUCGGAAUACUCGUGGUCAAAAUGCAUUGCGUCAGAUUCUUGGUCCUACAAUCAAAGAAGUUCUUCAAGACAAAUCUAUAAAUAUUAAGACUGAUCCUGUUGAUAUUUAUAAAACUUGGAUCAACCAAACUGAAUCACAGACAGGCCAGAAAAGCUCUCUCCCUUAUGAUGUAACGCCAGAAAAAGCUCUUCUUCACCCUGAAGUUCAGCGCAGACUUAAUGUUUCUGUAUGCAACCUGAAAUCUAUGACAGACAAAUUCCUUACUGCCAUCACCUCAAAUCUUGACCAGCUCCCGUACGGAAUGCGCUUCAUUGCCAAGGUGCUGAAAAAUUCCUUGUGUGCGAAAUUUCCAGGUACUGCCAUUGCGGAUAUAUAUAAGAUUGUGGGAAAUUUGCUUUAUUACCGGUAUAUGAAUCCAGCUGUGGUAGCACCAGAUGGUUUUGACAUUGUGGAUUACUCUGCUGGUGUUGUUUUACAUCCAGAACACAGACGUACACUUGGAUCCAUUGCACGGGUGCUACAGCAUGCUGCUGCUAAUAAGCUAUUCGAGGGGGAUAGUGCCCAUCUACAGGCUCUCAAUGAUUACAUCUCGCAGACUCAUCUGCGUUUCAGGAAAUUUUUUAAGGCAGCAUGCGAAGUUCCUGAUCCUGAAGAAAGAUUCAAUAUGAAUGAAUAUUCAGAGAUGGUGGCUCUAAACAAACCUGUCAUCUACAUAACUCUUGAAGAACUUAUCAACACUCAUCGGCUAUUAUUAGAGCACCAGGACUCUAUUGCUCCAGAUCACGAUGACCCCCUUCAUGAGCUCUUAGAUGACUUGGGAGAGGUCCCCACUGUGCAGUCACUUAUUGGAGAGAGUAUGGUUCAACCCACUGAUCCAAAUGCUGAACAGUUACUGGCCAACUACGGCAAGAUAGAAGUAUCCCUAACAUUGGCAAAUAAGUUUGAUAUUUUCAAAAGCAGUGAAGAUCAGCCAGAUAUAAAGGGACUUCUUCUGAGUACCAAACAGUUAAUCAUUGAUGUAAUCAAGGCUCAGCAAGGUGACUCCCUGCCUUUAAUACUAAGGACAGCUGCAUCUGUUGAACAGGAGGCUGAACACUUUCGAAUAAUGCAGAUAAGAGCUUUACAAGAUGCCAGAAGUCCUGAGAAGUUGAAACGCAAUCAGUCCAUCAUAGCUGAUAGCAACUUAUCCAUGGAAGAGAAAAAAAGAAAGAUCCUCCGUAAUGUCCGCAAGCUGGAAGCAUUGGGUGUAUUAGAUUCACACACAAAAUACACACAAUUGCUCAAUGACAUUUCAAAGGAUAUUCGAAACCAACGGAGAUAUAGACAGCGUAGACAAGCUGAACUGGUGAAGCUGAGACAGACUUUGCAGAGUUUGCAUGCAAAGAGUGCAUUUUAUGGAGAGCAGAUUGAUUACUACAAUCAAUACAUUAAGACAUGCCUAGAUAACUUGACCAGCAAAGAAAAACUCAAUAACAAAGUAGCAAAUGGCAAAGGAAAGAAAGAGAAACGGCCAAUAUUAAGUUACACUGCUGCUCGGCUCCAUGAGAAAGGGGUGCUCCUGGAGGUUGAGGACCUGCCUGUUAGUCAGUUUCGGAACGUCAUAUUUGAUAUUGUUCGUUGUGAGGAAGAAGUGGGAACUUUCCAAGUUAAAGCACGUUUCAUGGGUGUAGAUAUGGAGAAGUUUCCAUUGCGGUAUCAGGAUCUGCUACAGUUACAAUAUGAGGGUGUGGCAGUAAUGAAAAUGCUCAAGGCAAAAGUCAACGUUAACCUUCUCAUCUUUCUGUUAAAUAAGAAGUUUUUCAAAAAGUGAAUUGCCAAAAUGGCUCUUAGAAUUUUACACCCAACAAGUCACACCACAAUUAAAUGUUUUAUGCAACAGAGAAUGAAAAGAUUGCUAGUGAGGCUGUUUUUACAAUUUAGGAUUUAAUGAUGUGAUUUAAAAUUACACUACCCUGAAAAUGACACACAUCUAUGCUUCUUUGGAUGGUUUAUUAAAUCUAUCCAGUCUUUAAAGUAUGGUUUAUUUUUUUAUUGAAAAUACUUAAGUAUUUUUAUAAUAUGCAAUAUGACAAGUGAGGUCUUCGGUAACCUGUUGGAUGAAUGAUUACAGAUUCAUUCAGUAAUUUAUUUUUCAGGACAAGCCUGCCCUUGCAGUUCUUUUCCAGCAAGCAAGUGUGCUUGUAAGCCUAGGAAUUAAGUGUUGCAUCAGAUUACAGCUGAAUGUUAACAUUACUAUUUAAAUAUACCUACAAUAUUUUCAUUUUACAGGGCUAAAUUGUUACAAUUUCUUAUUAGUCAGGCUUUAAGUAGAAUCUAUUGCCUAGGCCUUCAUCUUCUACCAAUUAAUAAAUCAGUUUACUUAGUAUGUUUUGGUACUAGUACUAUGCUUAAACUACAGAGAGACAACACUUUUCAAUAGAAUAUAAUAACCAUUUCCUCACUGUAAUAUUCAUGUAUUAACAAAAUGUUUAAUUUCAUGUCAGCUCCUUAAUUUAAGAGUACUUUGUUUAGAAGCGAUGGAACUUAUCAUUCCUGUACCACCUCCUUUUGAGUCUCUUUUCUCACCACAUGCAACACAUACACUGCUGUAUAAAGGAUAACAUGUUGCUUAUUUCACAUUUUUGUCGUUAUUUAUUAAUUAUUAUACUCGUGAAUAAAUUACUUGAAAAUAAUUCACAGUAUAUUUCUUUGAUGUAAAGCAUUUGUUGUGUUCAUUUUUCCUUAAGUGAUAUAUAGCUAUAUUUGUAAUGGCAUUGUUAUGUCUUUAUGACUUGAUUAGUUUGCCAUUUAAGCUGUCUUUUUUGAUAAAUGAUAAAUGAAAGUAUUUUUUUCUACAGAAUAAUCUCCUUGUUGCAGUUGUUCUGUUUAGUUUCAACAUUUUGCUCUUGUUCAGUGUUUGAUAAUUGUUAGGCUAAGUAAUUUCUCAGUUUUUAACUAUACAUUAACUUGUAUAUCAAGUUAACCACUUGGUGCAAUUUUCCAAUACCAGUACAUUUUUUGGAGUUAAGAUUUUGUAGAUCCAAAACCAACUGGCAACAAACAGUGCACUUAACAUUGCCAACACAUACUUCAUAUUAAAUUCGGAAUUAAAAAAAAAUACAGAACAAAUGCAUGCUUGUCAGCUUGAUCUGUGAGAAAGUUUCAGUAACAGACCUGUGCUAUAUCCGUGUGUGUGUGUGUGUGUGUGUGUGUGUGUGUACAUAUAUAAUAUUUAAAAUACACAGUUUAUAGAAUGUAUAUAAACAAAUCAGUAUUUCAUUAACACAUACACACUAUACUCCAUACUGGGGGAAAAAACUGAAUGGCUUUAAUUUUUUAAUUAUUUUAUAACACUAUGCUGUCCUCAAAAGAUACCUGCAAUCAACUAUUUUCCAUUGUCUUUUUUGCUUAAAUGUUUGCAUAUUUAUUACAUACUGUAUGUAAAUGUUACUGCUUGUCUUAGUGGUAGACAAUCACUUAUAUAAAACAUUAAUACAAAAAUAUUUUAUCCUUGUAAGUGACCAUUUUUUUUAUAAUUGUAAUGCUGCUUGUUUUUAUUUUUCUACUUUUUUGUGAUUCAAAUUUUCAUUUAUCUCUAGAUGUUUUCAUUGCAUACCUUAUGAUCCUUUUGUCUGUGUUUUGUUCUAAACUUCUGAAACACUACUUUUGCUACUGAUGCUUUCAGAAAAAUUUCAAGAAUCACUUGUUUCCUUGGUUAAAAAGGAUAAUUAUUACAAGUUUCAGUAUGGAGCAUACACACAAUUUUCCACAUUAUUUGAAAACGAUUUCAUUAAUACCAGUUCACAAUACAGUAUAUAUUGGUUUUUAAACCAAAAAUGUUUAAAAUGCCUAUUAAGAUUCAUGUUUUAAACAGGUUUUUAGAUCUAACAUUUUAUUUCAUUGAAAUAUGUAUGAUUUUUUCAAUGUAUUGUUGCAAUUUAUGUGCUGCUAUGAAAUUGUAAUUUUAACCAAACUAUUUUCAAAACUUUAUACACUGUAUGUUUAAAUGCAUUUUUUGAAAAAUUGCAGCUGUGUAGUAACAGACAUUUAAUAAAAUCUGUUUCGAUCCAA